AUGGCAUUCCGACAGCACAUGAUUACCAACGGUAAAUCUUAUGCACUCUUACGCAAACUGGAAAUGCUGGAGGAUAGGACUAUAAAUUUUGACCGUGAAGAUUCACUCGCGAUAAUAAGAACUAGGGCUGUAAGAAAUAUUGAGAGGCAACAGGAAAAGAACGAAAAUACUUAUAACCUUCGAUCACGAGAAGUUAGCUAUGAAGUAGGCCAGGAAGUAUUUAGAAGAAAUUUUAGGCAAAGUGAUUUAGGAAAGGGGUGUAAUGCAAAAUUGGCACCAACAUUCUUGAAGGCCAGGGUACGAAGGAAAACUGGUUAUUGCUACUAUCAGUUAGAAGACUUAAAUGGUAAGUUGAUUGGUGUUUACCACGCCAAGGAUAUAAGAGUUUAG